AUGUUCUUGUUUCUGGUUAACUGCCUUCUCUUCUUUGCCAAUUUAUUUGCAGUCUUUUCGACCUCAUGGCCUCAAGAUUCUGUUCAUCUACUUGGGUUUCGGAGCAGUCUUCCAGAGCUCUCUCAACAAUUGCUCCCUUGGAAUCAGUCUGUCUCACACUGCCAAUGGAAAGGUGUUUCCUGCUAUUCAGACAUAACUUCUCAUGUCAAAUCAUUGAUUCUAACAGACUUAUUGCUACCUGGAACCUUGGACAAGGCCUUUCCUAAUCUCUGCCGUCUUCCUCGCUUGGUCUCUCUUGAUCUCAGUGGCAACCAUUUCACUGGUGGCAUCCCUGAUAUGCUCGCAAACUGCAGCCAACUUGACACGAUUCUACUCAACGAAAACAGAUUUUCAGGAUCCAUCCCACCUGAGAUUUUCAAAUCAAGCAAACUCAUAAAACUUAAUUUGGGUUUAAAUCAGCUCACUGGCACUAUUCCCUCUGAGGUAAGCCUUUCUACAAACCUUCAACAUCUCGGGUUGUGGAACAAUUUCCUUAGUGGAAAUAUUCCAAAAGAGCUAUUUGAUUUGCCAAACUUGACACAUCUCCACCUCUACACAAACGAGCUGACAGGACCUCUACCCGACUUCCCAUCCUCGUGCUCCCUUUCCGAGUUCUUUAUUUAUGAGAACCGGUUCUCAGGUUCUUUGCCAAUUACCCUAGGCAAUUGUCACAACCUUACUUCAUUCUCUGCAUCAUCUGCUCAUCUUGGAGGAGUUAUUUCACCAGAGGUUUUUAGGGACCUUUCAAAUCUUGAAUUUCUCUAUUUAGAUGAGAACAACUUUGAAGGGGGAAUUCCUGCGACCUUAUGGGAUGGGAGCUUACAAGAGUUAGCUCUUUCCUUGAAUAAAUUUAAUGGUAGUAUAUCCGAAAAGAUUGGUGGUUCUCUUCAGAUAAAUUACAUUGAUUUGUCAGUUAACAAAUUAACUGGUCAGCUUCCAAGAUCAGUUGGACGUCUGAAGAAUCUGAACAAGCUUUUUCUGUAUGAUAACAUGCUUAGUGGUUCAUUACCAGCAGAACUUGGGAACUGCACUUCUCUUGUUGCGAUAAGUCUCGCCACUAACUUCAUCGAUGGGGAAAUUCCUCAAGAGCUCUGCAACCUUCACUCCCUAAUAAAAUUGCAAGUGUACGGAAAUCAAAUUCAGGGCCGAAUUCCAGAAUGCACUGGCAGAAUAAGUGGACUGGCGGAGCUAGAUCUUAGUGAGAACCGAUUGAUCGGCAAGAUACCACCUGGAAUUACAAAUAUGACGAAACUUGUGUUUCUCUCUUUGGCUCAUAAUAAUCUAACAGGGGAGGUACCACCUAAUCUUGGAAAAAACAAUUUUCCUGGCUUAUUUAAGGUUGAUUUAGGUUGUAAUAACCUCAGUGGACCAAUUCCUUCUGAACUAUGUAAUGGCAACAGGCUUGGAGUCCUGGUUCUUGAAAACAACAGUUUUAAUGGAAGCUUCCCAACAUAUCUAGCAAAAUGUGAAUCCCUCUAUAGGGUAAAACUCCCCAACAACAAUCUGCAGGGGAGUAUUCCUGACUACAUUGAAAAGAAUGAGAAGAUUUCUUACUUGAAUGUUCGAGGAAAUAUGCUUGCAGGAAGGAUUCCAGCAGCAUUUGGUUGUUGGACCAAUCUUUCAACAAUUGAUCUUUCAGAGAAUAUGUUUUCUGGUUCCAUACCUGCCGAAAUGGGGAAGCUGCAAAAUCUUGUGAGAUUGAACAUUUCUUCAAACAGACUGACAGGAAAAAUUCCUCUUCAGUUGAGUUACUCUGCAAAACUGGCAGAGUUGGAUCUCAGCAACAACAAUCUUUCGGGUAGAAUUCCGAAAGAAAUUGCAUCAUCUUUAGUACUGACAAAUCUUCUACUCCAGGACAACAAACUUUCUGGUGCUCUUCCAGACACUUUCUCCUCCUCACAAAAGCUUGUAAAGCUGCAGCUCGGGGACAACUUGCUUGAAGGCUCAAUUCCAUGCAGCCUGAGUAAACUUACGGAACCUAAUGUUGUACUGAAUCUGAGCAUGAAUAAGUUUAGUGGUCAAAUUCCUAGGUGUCUGAGCAAUCUAGACAAUUUAGAAAUCCUUGAUAUAUCAAGCAACAACUUGUCUGGCACAAUACCGUCAGAAAUGGACAAGAUGAGGUCCCUUUCGUUUCUCAACAUAUCAUUUAAUAACUUUUCAGGGAAGGUACCCAUUUCAUGGGGAAAACUAUUAAGUUCACAUCCAGGAACUUCCCAGGGAAAUCCAGGACUCUGCUUAUCAUACACUGAAAGUAGCAGCUGCAAGCAUGUGAAAAAAUCACAAAGAAACUGGAGGACCUUGGCUGGGGUAAUUAGUGGUGUGUUUUCCGUGGCAGUCAUAGCUGCGGCAAUAUACUUGCUAGUGACACGGAUUCAGCACCCUUCCCUGCUGAAUAAGCAUCGGCUCGUCAAGUAUGAGGCAGAAAUUGAAGAUCUGCCAGAUCGUAUAAAUUUUGAGGACAUUGUACGUGCAACAGAAGGCUGGAGCGAAAAAUAUGUAAUUGGAAGAGGCAAGCAUGGAACUGUUUAUAAGAUGGAAUCUGCGAAAUCCAAAAAGCUUUGGGCUGUCAAGAAGGUUGACUUAGCUCAGAGAGCAUUCAGCGAUGAAAUGAGAAGCCUCAAUUCUGUCAGACACCGCAAUUUGGUAAGAUUGGGAGGACACUGCACCAGACAUGGAUAUGGCUUCAUUCUAACAGAGUUUAUCCCUGGAGGAACUCUUCAUGAUGUCCUUCACCAGAGAAAACCACCUGUAGUCCUGGACUGGGAGCCCCGCCAUCGUAUUGCUCUUGGUGUUGCUCAAGGUCUGUCUUACCUUCAUCAUGAUUCUGUCCCUCAAAUCAUUCACAGAGAUCUCAAAUCAGAUAAUGUAAUGCUGGAUACUGAGAUGGAGCCAAAGAUUGGAGACUUCGGGAUUGCUAAAACAGUAUCAGACUCUGAUGAAAACUCGACAAACUCCAAAAUUGUUGGGACACUAGGAUACAUUGCUCCAGAGAAUGCGUACUCAGUUCAAUUGACAGAGAAAAGUGAUGUCUAUAGCUAUGGAGUUCUUCUACUGGAGCUCUUCUGCAGAAAAAUGCCAGUAGACCCCAGCUUUGAAGAAGGAUUAGAUAUUGUUUCCUGGGUGAGGAAAAACUUGCACAGAAGCGACAACAAUUUCCUUCACUUGCUUGAUGAAGAAAUUAGUUUUUGGUACAUAGAAGAACAAUGGAAGGCCCUGAAAAUGGUGUAUCUAGCGCUUCAAUGUGCUGAACUCGAGGCAAGCACCAGGCCUGCAAUGAGGGAUGUAGUAAGGUCUCUUGUCGAGUUAAAUCAUAGAUGUAAAAGAGAAGAAAUGAAACUUUGAAUAGUGAAAGCCAUAAUCAACUUUUCCAAAUUCCAACAUC